AUGUACCGUCUACUCUCUCUCAUCGCAGCCGUCGUAGUUGUCUCUGCCGAUUGUCCCAACUACGAGCAAUUCGCCCGCGAGAAGCAUGAGCCAUUCUCAGAAGGACGCUAUGCGUUCCCUCUUCAGCGCCCCAGCAAGGAUUGUCGUACAUAUUCAGUGCCAAAGGUUGAGCACAUGAUUUAUGAAGAGAUGAACCAGGCCAUCGGUGAUCCAGACCUGUACCGGCUAUUUUCCAAUACUUGGCCCAACACCGUUGAUACGACAGUGAAAUGGAGGGGUGUCUCUGCUGAUAACCAGGAUGAAGAGCUGGCCUUUAUCACCACAGGAGAUAUAAAUGCUCUUUGGUUACGCGAUAGCGCCAACCAGCUCCAAUCAUACAAGUCUCUCUUGUCCUCCGACAACAUCUCCCCGUCCGAUGAGAAUGACAUAGCCUCUCUCUUCCGCGGUACCAUCAACCUACAAGCUCGAUACAUCAGAAAGUCCCCUUUCUGCAACGCAUUCCACCCUCCACCCGAAGCCAACCUGCGCCGCGCAAAGCGAUCACUCCACAGCAGAGACACUGUCAGCCCGAAAUACGACCCCGAUUUCGUCUUCGAAUGCAAGUACGAGCUUGACUCCCUCGCAGCGUUUCUCCAGCUAUCAUGGGACUACUACGAGGAGACAGAGGACGGCGACUUCUUUGGCAAGUUUGGCUGGAUCGAGGCUAUCAAAAGCAUCCUCAAGGUUGCGGAGCGCAUGCAAGAGGGCACAUAUGAUGAGCAAGGCAUGGUUCAGAAGUCGGCUUAUAGAUGGCUGCGGAACUCCGAUAGCGCUUCAGAAACGGUAUCAAACCACGGCCACGGGGCUCCAGUGAAGGGUCAUAUUGGCCUUGUGCGCAGCUUUUUCCGACCAUCCGACGAUUCAUGCAUCUACCAAUAUUUGAUCCCGUCCAACAUGCAGUUUUCCAACUAUCUGGCAUUGUGCGCAAAGAUCAUGCGACCACUCGAUGAGAAGUUGGCCAAGAAAAUGGAGGCGCUGGCGACGGAGAUCGAUUUAGGUAUCUACGAGCAUGCCAUCAUUCAGCACCCCGUAUUUGGAGAGAUGUACGCCUAUGAGAUCGACGGAUUUGGGUCUUACAACAUCAUGGACGAUGCGAACAUCCCCUCCCUCCUCAGCAUCCCACACAUAGGUUACAAGCCGGCCUCGCAGCAUGUUUACGACAACACGCGUAAAUUUGUUCUUAGUUCGUACAAUCCGUACUACGCGCGAGGACCGGUCCUGAAUGCCACAGGUGGCCCUCAUCUUGGACCAGGCAUGGCAUGGCCUAUGGGUUUAAUCGUCCAGCUCUUGACGAGCGAUGACGACGAUGAGGUAGUAGAUGGAAUACGACAGUUGAUGAACUCAACGAGUGGACUGGGUCUGAUUCAUGAGACGGUCAACAGUCACAACGCAGAUAAGUGGACGAGAUCAUGGUUCUCGUGGGCCAAUGGCUUGUUUGGUCAAAUGAUAUUGGACUUGUAUAAGCGAAAACCGACGUUAAUAGCCAGGAGCUACCAAGAUGUUGGAGGUGUAUGA